ACAGGACAGUUUAGUUCAGGGGUGAAGUAUGGAAGUGUUGGUUGCGAUCUGAAUACGGUGUUGAAUCGCGUGUGGUGAACAGUCAAUAUUACUUGCGCGUUUUACUAUUUGCUUUGUACAAUUUAAAUGUGUCAUCUAUAAGUGAAUUAAAUGAUAAUAACUAAACUUCUAUUUUUGUAAAUUUGUGGCUUAGUUAUACGAGACAUUCAUUUACGGGAUGAAAUAUCCAUAUGUGGUGAGCAGCAGGCAGCUCUUCUGACCCCAGUCUGACACUCCGACUCCAACCUCCUUCCACUUCCAAAACAAUGGCAAAACUGGAGAUUCCAAGCAUAAUAGUUCAGGGUGGAUCCCAAACAUCACCAGCCAUGGAUCGACACUCCAGCUCGAUUGCCAGGACCCAAUGGUCUAUGUCAAAUCAGAGCACCUUCGAUGAGGAGACCGAGCCACCAGCUGUUCCACCACCCACAGACAUUAGUGAGCCGGAGACUGCCACAACUCCUGUCUCCACAACCAACCAAGUUUUUAGUCCUGCCACGAAUAACAACAUUCUACCUAGGUGUAGGUCCAAAACGAGCCUGAAACUACUUAAGCGUAGUCAUGCUAUUAAUGAAUCUACUAGCCCACCACCAGACAUUCUGCAAUCACCUUUAAAUAGUCCAAUAUCUACCUCAGUGGACAUGCCAACCGCCGCCCCAACAAACUUUGCCAUCACUGCCAAUGGCACCAACGGUAAUGGUGCUAAGGCUCCUGUCAAGCGAGAUGGAUCCAGCCAGAGCACCGAUAGCAACUGGUCCUCCAGCCUCUCCAGAGGCAAUAGUAUUGAACAACAGUACAUGGAUCAUGCUGGUAUUGAUAUAGAACAGUUUAUUGUUGACACUCUGAAUAAAAACUCCAAGGAUAGGAGUUUCCUUCUUCGAAUUGAAAACGAACUAGUCAUGUUCACCAAAGAUAAUAGAAGAAGUUCGCACAAAUUUGGUGCAAUGUCUUCUUACCAAAGAAUGCUAGUGCACAGAGUUGCACACUAUUUUGGUAUGGAGCACAACGUGGAUUCCACUGGACACAUGGUGAUUGUAAACAAAGGAAAGUCCACCAGACUCCCCGAAAACAAAUUUAGUGAUUUCAUCAGAGAUGAAUUUCUACUAUCUGAGGAACCACGUAGAUCGAUACUGAAACGCGACUCAGCAUCGUUCGAAGAUACCACGAGUUUUAAGUCCCCUGAUCGACACACUGCAGAUCCCCCUCGGCGAUCUAAGAGCUUUGAAGAAAGAGAAGAAGAAUAUGAAAAAGCGCGGCGGCGUAUUUUUCAUCAAGAAAAUGAAGGGCAGUCCGAAGAAGGAGGCUCAACAGAAAAUCUGCGUUGGCCAUUGUUAACUUGGAGCACCCAAACAAAUACCACAAAUUCUGAUGAAUCACCCAACAAGCUCCAUCCAAACAGGCAGUCAAGACUAACAAAAGUUGAAUCUUACGAGAGUAAGGAUACACUUCGUGCCAACUCCCUGCGUGGAAGCAUUAGCAAAUCCAAUAGUUUUGGAGGCUACGACCAGAGUUCUACCAAUGGCUCUGCGAAGACACUGACCAAACAAGACUCUGGUAGCAGUGUAAGCUCACGUGUGAGUCCGUCUAGCUCUGGCUACAAGAGCCAGUCUCAGCGCUCCGAUGCCACCUUGAGUGCGACCCCUUCACCAUCUGCCACUCCACAUUUGACGACCCAGUUGUCCAGCCAGAGCAAUGCUGUAUCCCCAGAGCCCGAACCAGAGCCUACAGUCAUGUGGGCAGUGACUAACAUGGCCUCCGUGCCCCCGGGCUCAGUUCUCAUAAAUCCUCAGACUGGACGUCCGUUUACAAACUUAGAUGGUACUGUAUACCACUUUGAUCCCGAAAAUCCACCAAAGUUUGAGAUCGCUGUUGGAUCUCAAUCAUCAUCGAAACCCGCUACAUUCUCCUCGAGCUCUGUGAGUGCGGAGCGACAGGACUCUUUGUUAUCAUCGCUCCCUGCCACACAAGUGAUGAACCGUCCACCCCCACCUCAACCUCCUCUAGAGUACCAUCCGACACCUCAACUACCUCAUACAGAGACAACAGGUGAACACCCGCACCCCACGAAUUAUCACCAGCCCACUCAGCCUCACCUGAUGGUGUCUGCCCUCCCUAUCCCUCCUUUGGAACAUUCAUACGGCCCAAUGUACAGUAUGCAUCAAUUCGCCCCUGCUCCUCCCCCACCACCACCUCCGCCACCACCGACCAAUAACUAUGAGCGCCAAGGAAUUCUGGUGAUGAAUCAGCCCUCGGAGGUUUUUACCCGGACCAAGGUGGUCCGGUUGAUUGGACGACGUUUUACAACUAUACCUCGACGGUCCGUCCAAAUGGACAUUGGCAUCCAAAGGGAUGGAAGCCACCCAGAUUUGUGUAGUUACAUCAUGGGGCUGAGCUUUGCGGAUGUGGGACGGGGUGACAGGCAUAUGGUCUACUGUCCCACCGCACCUGCUCCUACCCAAGCUCCGGCUCCUGCCCCUGGUCACCCUUCCCUUCAGAACAAUUUCACACAGGGACCUACUGUUGCUGCGGCGAUGUAUUAUCCAGGCGCAGCUACCAAUGGUGGGCAGCAAAAUCAUGUGGGUCAUGCAAGGUACACCGGCCCAACCUACAAUCAUUAUUUAGCACCGGAGAGACCAGCAGGUCCUGAAUAUCAACAAUUUUUCAGCACCCCUCGCUGCCCUUCUAAUGGAGUAGGAGGAGGCCCUGCAUGCUGCUCCGGCAAUAAUAACUUUUACCCUGUGCAACUACCCCCACCACCACCGACUCACUACCAUAGAAUCGCCACCCCGCCGAAUACUCCUCAGAAUGGAGCGUGUUCUCAAUUUGCUCUUUACAAUGGAGGUUAUCCCACCCUCUAUCACCACCACCCGCAGCUCUUGCGGCCAACGUUACAGGUGGGUGUACCCAGCAGUCCCCCACGCACUGGUGCUCCAAUAGAUCCGCAUCAACCUGCAAGCCCACUCCGUUUCAAUGGAGGACCACCAACCUCUCACCCUGCAGUACCAGUAUUUCGGCUUAUGAAUACGAAUAAUGACGUAAUACUGUUUAAUGCUGGCAGACCAGUAUUGCGACCACAUGUAAAUGGCCGUAAUGGCCUUUCACCAAACUUGAGACACCAGAGCAGGUCAAGGGGCAUGGGCCCCGGAUCGAAUGUUCGUCCCAUCUUGGGAGCAAAUCAACAAGCACAGGCGCAACAACAAUUGCAGCAAGCCUUAGAGGCUGUAGGACUGGGCAUUCCUCCUCCAGGCCAACGGAUGCAGUAAUCUGCAGAAGACUUCUUUUACACCAUCAUGAAACUUCCAUUUUUAAAACAUACAACUUUUUAAGGUCUUUUGGUCACCAAAAACUUUUAUUGUUAUUUUCUACCCCAUACGUAGUAGAAAACAUUUUGAUAGUCUAAAAGAUCAAAUUUAUGCCUCCUUGGAAGUAUUUGUUUCGUGCCCUCCCCUCCCCCUGAUGUGUGUGUUGAGCAUAUAAGUAUGCUGGCAACCACAAAAGCCUUAACCAAACAAAUGGACAUUUAUUUUGCAUGCAUGCAUGCAGAUGCUUUUUUAUUUUAUAAAUAAGUAGACUUUUUUCCACUUUAUUUUUAUAUGUUUUGUUCUUAAAACUAUAUUUUUAUCAC